GUCUACCCCCCAGGCCGUCGUGUUGAUUUUCCUCAAGGACAUCACCGCUGUGACCCGUACGGAUCUGAAGGCCUAUUGCUUCGAGCUAGUGACAAAGGACAGGAGCUACUUUCUCUCGUGUAAGAACGACGAGGAGCUAUAUUCGUGGAUGCAUGAGAUCUACUCAAGAUCGCCUCUCAUGGGUGUCUCAAACCCCACUAACUUUGUGCACAAGGUCCAUGUGGGAUUCGACCCCAACACUGGCAAUUUCACGGGCUUACCCGAUACGUGGACAAAACUGCUCACCGGAUCCGCCAUCACUAAGGAGGAUUACGCCAAUAAUCCACAGGCAGUGUUGGAGGUCUUGGAGUUCUAUACGGAUCAAACAAAGCGCAAUGAACAAGAGUACGGCACACCAUCAUUGGUUCCCAGCAACCUUCCCCUCAUCCCCAGCGACUCUGAGGGCGAUCGAUGGGCGAACCUCAUACCCCGACAGUCACCUUCACCCCCUUCGAGCAAUCGUCCGGAACGCCCGGAACGCCCACAACGCCCAGAGCGUCCUGAUCGGCCAGAUGACCAGCUUCGACCUUCAAUUCCGGAGCGUUCACAGAGUGUUGACAUCCUUCCAGUGACUCAGAGGAUGUCCAGCCUCGGCCUCUAUGAUGACAGGGGAAACCAGCAGGCAGGUCAAAGACCAAAUGUUGCGCCCAGACCACCGCAGGGUCACCGCCCCGAUUAUGCCCCUCCUUCCCCUACUUCACCACGCGCACCCAACCAUCAAUUCUCCAACUCGCACUCUCACAAGUACAAUAACCAGCCGUAUCAUCCGCCAGUUCACCAGCAGCCAUCCCCAUCGUCUUCGCCCUCUGGCACACGACCACCUGGUCCAUACGGGCCUCCUCCUCGUAGCAACACUGCGCCCAUUGCUGUCAAAUAUCCCGGCACUUCUCACGAGACUGGCGUCAAACCACCCAUUGCACCCAGACCUGCAGUGGCCGAUGCCGCUGCUGCGUUGAAUGGCGACAGCGCACCCAAAGUGGUUGUCGAGCGCCGUAUCUCGACCAUGACGGAGGCUGAGGUGAUGGAGAAGUUGAGGAGCGUUGUUUCGUCGGGUGAUCCCAGCACAUUGUACAGCAAGAUCAAGAAAGUUGGUCAGGGUGCUUCUGGAUCAGUCUAUGUUGCCAAGCAUCUCACAACAAACAGCAAGGUUGCCAUCAAACAGAUGGAUCUGUCUCUUCAGCCUAGAAAGGAGUUGGUCGUCAACGAGAUUUUGGUCAUGAAGGAAUCUACCAACCCCAAUAUUGUCAAUUACUUGGACUCUUUCUUGGUCAAGGGCCAAGAGCUUUGGGUCGUCAUGGAAUACAUGGAGGGCGGCGCUUUGACAGAUGUUAUCGACAAUAAUAAGUUGUCAGAAUCUCAGAUUGCUUGCAUCUGUUUAGAGACUUGCAAGGGUCUUCAGCAUCUGCACAGCCAGAACAUUAUUCAUAGAGAUAUCAAGUCCGAUAAUGUUCUCAUGGAUUCUUAUGGACAUGUCAAGAUCACCGAUUUCGGUUUCUGUGCCAAGCUAACGGACCAAAAGAACAAGCGCGCUACCAUGGUCGGAACUCCGUAUUGGAUGGCACCUGAGGUCGUGAAGCAGAAAGAAUACGGCGCCAAGGUCGAUAUUUGGUCAUUGGGUAUCAUGGCAAUUGAGAUGAUUGAGCAGGAGCCACCAUACCUGGAUGAGGAACCUCUCAAGGCUUUGUACUUGAUUGCUACGAACGGCACCCCGACGCUCAAGAAGCCAGAAACUCUCAGUUCGGAGCUGAAGAACUUUUUGGCGGUCUGCUUGUGUGUCGAUGUCAAGAGUCGUGCUACAUCGCUGGAGUUACUGGAGGUAAGCAGAAGCUGUCUUCAGAAUAUGUCAGGUUCACAAUCGUCGUCGGAUACAUAUUAAUCUCUCUUUCCUUUAAUAUAUCAGCAUGAGUUCCUUGGGAAAUCUUGCCAGAUGUCAUCCCUUCGAUCCUUGUUUGACUUCAAGAAGAGCGGAUAAAUCCUUGUG